CGGUUCGAGUAGUUGAUUCUACUGUUACCCCUGCUACUACUGCUUGUGUUUCUUCUAUACUACUACUACUACUACUACUACUACUACUACUACUACUAUUGUUGCUGUUACUGGUACUACAAAAUGCAUGUGGCACUAUGUAUGGUGGCAACAUUGGUCUGUAUAGUUGUAGCGGAAGUUCAAGAGGCUACAGAAAUAUGCUCUGACGACUACUACCAGUGUAAGGCUGGGGGCUGCGUCCCUUGGUACAUGGUGUGUGAUGGCAUCAGUGACUGCCGCGAUGGUGACGAUGAGAAUAACUGUUCAGAGAACGACUCCGUCUCUAUGAGUUCUGAUCUUUCCAUCACCGAAUUCGAUGACAUUAUGAAAUCCUCGGCUCAAUGUCCUGAUUACGAGUACCAGUGCAUGGACGGUACCUGCAUCCCUUGGUCCUGGGUGUGUGACGGCAUGGUUGACUGCUUCUGGUAUGGCGACGACGAGUUUGACUGCUCGUCUGAGUCAUCGUUCGAGUCCAGCUUCGCCACAUCUCCAGAAAUGAGCACGUUGCCUCCGACGGUCACGUGUAACAAUCCCUUCGACUUCAUCUACGAUCGCUGCGUCCUGGUUGACCUGUUCACCACCACCACGUGGGACGAGGCGCGCUACUUCUGCCAAAGGUUCGGAGGCGACCUUGUGGUGCUGAGUGACAUGAACUUCUACUCCAAGCUUCUGCACUACAUGGCAGUUAGAGGUCUGGAUGCCCACGAUUACUGGGUAGGAGCAACUGACCAGGAGAAGGAGCGCAUGUGGUUCUGGAUCGACUCCACUCCUGUACAAAUGGGACCCCCACUGUGGGCGCUGCAUGGUUCCUACCAGAGCUACGAAAUGGAGCCUAGGUCGAACGAGGAAUCAUACCAGGACUGUGCUUUCUUGGACAAAGAUCGAUUUAUGUACAUGAGCGACAUGAACUGUGAUGCAAGAUUGGCCGCCAUCUGCCAACAUCCUGGAGUCCCAGAGAGGAAAACCCAGAAAGAGAUGAUACAUGAACUGGAAGAUGCCUCAGACGAAAAGGAAAUGUCCAUCAAGAAGAGCGAGAGUAAGAUAGCAGAGAUGAUGGAGGAAGAGAUGAUGGAAAAGAAGGAAAGAUAUGUGUCUGAAGAGGUGAUAGAAGUAGAGGAGACGAACGAGAGUAAAGAGAAGAUCGUAUAGACAAUAAUGGAGGAGAGGAAGGGCACGAAGAAGGCAAGAUAUGCACCUGAAGAGAAGGGAAAUGAAGUGGAAAUGAAGGAGUAAGAACGGAAUAUUAAAUAAACUCAGUGAAGUUC